AUGCAAUACAUAACACAACCAAUCGUAGGCAUUUCUUCAGGAUAUAUUGGAGGUUUCCAAGUCGCGGAAAAUACUUACAGGAUUCGAAUCACGAGAAACAUUAAAGAAAUUAUUCGAAACAAUUUUCAAAAUGACUUAGGACUUGUACCAAAUCUUGUAAAACUACCAUAUAUUACUUCUACGCGAGAAUCAGUUCCUAUAACAAAUUCGUCAGCAAUUCAAAAUUCACUUAUUGAAUUAAAUUUUGAACCACAAUCAUUUAUUGUUCAAGUUCAGACAGAUAAAAGGCUUAAAACCGUUUUGAAUUCACUUGGAUUAUUGGGUGGUGCAUUUGGACUUGCAAUAAGCCUUCUCGUAUUACUCUUUGGAAAUAACACUAUUAAUCCUUGGGGUUUCGUUCAAAGACACAAUAAAGCUAUGCAAACAAAUCUAAUAACUUUUUCUGAAUUAAUUCCUAAUAAUUCAGACAAUGAAAUGUCAAUUCAAGAAUUGAGACAAAAACUUAAUUUGCUACAGCUAUUGUUGGGUGAUUAUUUAGUAGAUGCAGAAUAUUUAGAAAAAAUUCAACAAUUAGAAAUGAAAUCUAGCAAAGAAU